UCAAUCGUCGUCUUCCUUCCUGCAGAGAACCCAGUUGCUUCCCUUCGCAGCCAGACGACAACCCUAGCCGCCGCCGCCGGUUAUCUGAAAGAUGGGAGGCAAGUGCCCGCACCGCAAGGUCAAGAAGCGCCGCCUCUCGCACAAGACGGCGCGCCGCGGCAAGUUCCUCCUAAAGGCCGACGACGCCGUCUACGACGAGCUGGUCAAGCUGGCCGACCAGGGCAAGGACGCCGAAGCCAAGCAGCUCCCCGUUGACGAGGACCUCCCCGGCAUGGGCCAGUUCUACUGCCUCCACUGCGAUCGGUACUUUGCAAACGAGACCGUGAAAGACGACCACUACCGCUCAAAGCGCCACAAGAAAAGGGUGAAGAUAAUGUCUGGACCAGCCCCACACACGCAACUUGAUGCAGAACUUGCUGCUGGAAUGGGAAUGCCUGACAAUGGCCUGAAGCUCAUGUCCUUGUGAACACUGUAGUCCUUGUUCUAUCAUCUGUGUUUUUCUUUUUCUUACUGCAUACAUCUGAACUUGCUUUGCUUAUUAGUUAAUGGUGCUUAUUGCCCUAGUGUUCCUUUAAGAGGGGGUUCAGGAUUAAAAAGAGAGAGAAGAGAGUUGUUUUGUGAGGUCAUGGAAGUCUAUCAAAUCAGUUAUACAUUUGCGAUGAUAAUGCCUAUCAUUUAACUGCA